AGCUGACGGAGCCACGUGCUGUAUGGUGAGAGCAGUGGCCCCGCUCCGCGCAGCGCUCUAGCAAAGACACCAAGUACCGCGGCGCCUGGGGUAAACCCGCCGCCGGCUCCCGGCCUCAGUUUACAGAGUGACCUCGGCCCAAGGCCCCGCCCCACCUCUGGAAGGCGGCCUUGGUGCUCCGCCUUUGGCACCCUCUCCCCCAGCGCGCAGCCUCCUGCCCGCCCUCCCGGCGCGCGGCUCUUUCACGUGGUCAGAGGAGUGUGAAGGGACUCAUCUCAACUCACUUUGCGGAGUACCAGAGGAGACAUAAAGGCCCGGAAGUCCGCUUUGCGGUUCAGGUUAAUCCCCUCCGUCUCCACACGGACUCAGUGACGGUUCCUGCCGUGUCGCCGCAGCUGCUAGUUGCAUCAGGUCGUGCGCGCGGCGCCGGCGUUUUCGGACACUGGGCCGGGCUCCAGCCGGCCAGGCCCGCGGACCAUAGACAUGGAGCACUGGUGGCUGCUCCUGCCGCUGUCUAGGCCUCAGCUUCUGGCCCUGUGGCUCUGGCCACCCAGCGCAGGUUUUCUGCAAGUGGAGAUGGCAGGGGAGACUCAGACGGUGCUUCUGAAUCACAAUGCCACUAUUAUCUGCAAAGUCCAGGGUUACCACCACCUGGACAUCACAAUUAUGGGUAUCACCUGGUUUUGGAAGCAUCGAGUGUCUGCAACAGAAGUUAAACUGUUUGAGUUUUUUGGAGACCACCAAAUGACAGUCCGACCUGGAGCCUCCGUGUCUCCCUGGAGGCUGAAAAGGGGGGAUGCCUCGCUGCAGCUGCCAGGGGUCCAGCUGUGGGAAGCAGGAGAGUACCGAUGUGAGGUGGUGAUCACCCCUCACAAAGCAGUGGGAACAGUCCGGCUGGAGGUUGUGGCUUACCCAGUCAGCAGCUUGUUUCCAGAGCAAGCCAUGGUGAAAGAAAAUGAAGAACAACUUAUUUCGUGUAUGGCAAGUGGGUUCUACCCCACGAACAUUACUGUAACAUGGAAAAAGUGGACCCCGAAGAAUCCCCAGUAUGUGGAGUUUUCUGAGGGCGUCUUCACUAAUUGUACCACCAAAAAUGAGGACGGCAUGUUUAAUGUCACUAGCUUCUUGAUGCUAAAGCCCUCUCUGGAAGACAACAUGACCAUCUACCAGUGUGUGGUAUGGCACGAAUCCUUGCCUACCUCCCAGAGGCUCAACUUCUCCUUGACUAUGAUAGAAUCUGAGAAGUCACCUUGUACUCUGAAGUACGUUUUUCUCUGUGCUGGAAUAAUCUUCGUAAUCGUACUGAUUUUAUCUAUUUUUUGGAAACAGGUACUACGUCAAACAAAUGCCUUAUUCUCCAUCAUGAAAGCUUAUUCUCGGAAUACCCAGAUUGACACAAGAGAGACUGAAGAACUAUAAUGAGGUGCUUUCAUUAUGAUGCAUUCAUGGCUUAUUCUGAUGGGGGAACCACUAGAAGAAAAUCGGAAGUUUUUACCCAGAAACAGCAGAGACAACAAGGUCUCUCAGUGAAUGCGUCUGUAACUGAAAUUACUUUUCCCGGUGGCUUAGAUGGCUUGCUCAAGAGCAGACUGUUCAAGCUGCCUUCUUUGAUAGCCUCCUGCCAGUUGACUUAUCCAAAAAAAAAAGCAACACUUCCCAAAGAAGACAUACAGAUGGCCAAAAGACACAUGAAAAAGGUGCUCAACAUCACUCAUCAUCAGGGAAAUCAAAACCACAAUGACAUAUUACCUCAC